UGGGAGGAGGAAAAGUGGAAGAAGCUAGAAGAGACGGGCGCUGAGGGGAGCCCCGGGGGCGUCGGCCCUCUGGCGAACUGGCAUCUGGAACCCGUCCUGGAGCUGCGCCCCAAGCUGCAGCGCGCAGUCAGCUCGCCGCCCAAGAACAGCCGGGACGCACCUCUGUCGCCAGGGCAAGAUCGCUGGGGCUGGGGACCAGAGCCCCUGAGCUUCGCUCUGAUUGUGGCUGGGUUCCAUUUUCUUCUUCAAAGUUUCCUUAUGCUGUGAGAUCUCAGCAGCUGCAGCCUCUCCAGCUGUCCGGGAGCAAUCAAGUCCAGCCCGUGGAUGGCGCUGUUCAGAUCAAGGGGGAGUCUACCUUCUUUAAUGAAAUCUUUCUGGAAAUGUCCUCGCAGACAAGCCCCAAGGUAUUCAUUUUUUCAACUAUAUUAACCUUUUAAACAAAAAAAAAAUGGAUUUUUUAAACUCAUCAGAUCAAAACUUGACCUCUGAGGAACUGUUAAACCGAAUGCCGUCCAAAAUCCUGGUAUCUCUCACUCUGUCUGGGCUGGCAUUGAUGACAACCACCAUCAACUCCCUUGUGAUUGCUGCAAUCAUUGUGACUCGGAAGCUACACCACCCAGCCAACUAUUUAAUUUGCUCGCUGGCAGUUACGGAUUUUCUCGUAGCUGUCCUGGUGAUGCCCUUCAGCAUUGUGUACAUUGUGAGAGAGAGCUGGAUUAUGGGACAAGUACUCUGUGAUAUUUGGCUGAGUGUCGACAUCAUCUGUUGUACAUGUUCCAUUUUGCAUCUGUCGGCUAUCGCGUUGGAUAGGUACCGAGCCAUCACAGAUGCUGUUGAAUAUGCCAGGAAGAGGACCCCCAGGCAUGCUGGCAUCAUGAUUACAAUUGUGUGGGUUAUAUCUGUGUUCAUCUCUAUGCCUCCUCUCUUCUGGAGGCACCAAGGAACGAAUCGUGAUGAUGAGUGCAUCAUCAAGCAUGACCACAUCAUUUCCACAAUUUACUCCACAUUUGGAGCUUUCUACAUCCCACUUGUAUUGAUAUUGAUUCUCUACUACAAAAUCUACAGAGCAGCAAGGACACUAUACCACAAAAGACAAGCAAGUCGGAUAAUGAAGGAGGAGCUGAAUGGCCAAGUCCUUUUGGAGAGUGGUGAGAAGAGCAUUAAACUGGUCUCCACAUCCUAUAUGCUAGAAAAAUCCUUGUCUGAUCCAUCAACAGACUUUGAUAGACUUCAUAGCACAGUGAAAAGUCCCAGAUCUGAGUUGAAGCAUGAGAAAUCCUGGAGAAGACAGAAAAUCUCAGGCACUAGAGAACGUAAAGCAGCCACUACCCUGGGAUUGAUCUUGGGGGCAUUUGUAAUAUGUUGGCUGCCCUUUUUUGUAAAAGAAUUGGUUGUUAAUGUCUGUGACAAAUGCAAAAUUUCUGAAGAAAUGUCAAAUUUUUUGGCAUGGCUUGGUUACCUGAAUUCCCUUAUAAAUCCACUGAUUUAUACCAUCUUUAAUGAAGACUUCAAGAAAGCCUUCCAAAAACUUGUACGGUGUCGAUAUUAAGUUAAAGAAAGCUUAUUUUUGAAAGGUGGAGGCUUUAUUUGUUUGAGUGGGGAAAUAAUUAAAUAAAUGUAAAGUACUAAAACAUGUAAAUUUUUAGAGGAAAUAUAUUAAGACUGCUAAAAUUAUAAAAAUAUAAAUUUAUUUUUAAUAGUACCAAAAAAGAUGCAUUAAUUUGACCAUCAUUUCAGUGUUAUCAAAAUUAAAAAAUAAUUUGUGCAGCUUAUAAAUAAUAUUUCUCUAUGCAAUAUACCUAAAAAGAUAACCGAAAAAAUAUAUAUAUACAUACUAUUAAUUACAAUGCUUUGCAGGUGUAGAUCUUACAACUAGAGGAAUUUUCAAUUGACAUAUUUCCAUUGAUAAUUUCUGUAUCACCUCAUUGAUUAACUAUUAAUUCAUAGAAGAAGUAUUAUUCACUCCAAUACUACUCUUACCUCUUCUCCAUCUUGUCUUUGCAAAAGGUGAGGAGAAGGCAACAGCACCUCUUACUUAGCCUCAGUAGAGUAGAUAUGAAACUCAGUGGCUUUGAUAUGGUCAUCUUAUUUGAACAAUAAAAAUAAAAAUAAUCAUACAGUGAACUAAACAUGGAAAAGAAUAUUUCAACAUCCUGAACUUUCUGCACAUUUGCUGCCUUUACUUUGUUUAAUAUCAAGUUCUAGAAUAAUAUUAUCUUAAUCAUAAUAUCAGUAUUUGAAAUCAAAGCCCCAUGGUUAUAGAGCAGGUUUACUCUACAAUUAUUGUAUAAGUGUUAUAUACAUUGUCCCUUGUUUAGGAGUCAAACUUUAAACACUAAGUACCUUAAGUUACUCACUGUAACUAAUAUACUUCUAAUAUAAAAUUUAUUUCCUCUCUACUAAUGUUAGUAAGCCCUGUUUUUACAAUUCAUCUCCAUAUUGUAAGAUUUGGACAUUAUUUCCUUUUUAUUGUAGAAGAUAUAAUAGAAAAUAUUAAAACUUCGACCUCACAAAAAAAACUUUUUCUGUUACAACUAGGACAUCUUUCAUAAAUCAAAACCAUUUUAAAAACAACAUAUUUGAAAAACCACACUUAAGUUGCAACUGAGUGUGCAAAUAUUCUUUCCUUGUGGAGUGUGUAAGAGGACAUUAAAUCACUUUUUAUAUGUCUGUGAAACAUUACCCGUGGUGUCACAGAUAUCAAGAGGUGUGAUUUUAUAUAAGGCAAUGAGACAUAUCCUAGAUAGAAGAUACAGGAAGUAAUAAAACACAAAUUCUAUCAAUAUAUCUAUAAAUGAAAGAAGAAAGUACAGAAUUAAAACUAUACUAGAAGAAAAUAAACAAGGAUCUAGCAAGUGAGUUAUUUACAUAGUCAUGAUGGUAUAGAGACAAAACUGAUCACAUCUGGCUAAAGAACAUUUUCAUGAACAAAAGUAGCAGUUGAGCAUGUGCAAAUGAAAGGGCAUAGCCCAAGUGGUGAGAGCCUAAAGAGGUCUGGCUUUGUCAUGCAAAGACUGUGGGACUUGCCAAGAGUUGCUAACCAUUUAAGGCAACAAAGGGAGCCAGAUUAAAGUUAAAAUUGAACCUUAAUGUCAAAAAAAAGUAACAUUCUGUAAGUUUUGUUACUACCUUUGAGUUAUCAAUGAUGAUUUUCAAAGUAUCCCAAGCUGAGGCCAAAUCUUAAAUAAAGGGGAUUGCAAAGAGAAACUCCUCUGAAUAGAUCUAAGAAACAGAGAGAGUGCUGGAACUAAUGUCUUCUUGCUAGAAACGGAGCCAGUAGCCUAGGUAAUGGGUGGUGAAAUGCUAAACUUGAUUUUGGUAGUGGAAAUAAAACAAAGGAAAAGGUAAGAGACGAAAGUGAAAGUGGAGGGCAUAGAUUACAGCAUUUACUGCAGUAAAAUGGCAGUACCAGCCCCUUUACCUGAAAUAAGGAGAUUAACUGAUGGGCUCACCUAGGAAACAAUGACUUUUUUGAGGUAUGGAAAGUCCAGACGAGCCCAAGCUCAUAGGCACUACUGACCACUUCCGGACUAAGCAAAACUGACAUAUAGAUGAGAUUAGAUUGCCCUCUGACCUCAUACCACUCUACCUCCGCUCUCUGCCUUGUGUCUUUGUCCUCACAGUGCUCUACCUCUGCUCCCAUACCUUAUGUCUUCCCUAUCGUUCUUUGCUUUCUUCCUCUUUAUGCCAAAGUUUGCCAAAGUUUGAUUCUGUGAUUUAUUCAAUCACCUCUCCACCGCCUGCCUCUGCCUCCCAAGCACUGGGAUUGUGAGCAUGUGCCAUGACUGCCCGGCUGUGAAAACUCUUUUGUUUUGCUUUGCUUUGUUUUGUUUUUCUUUGUUUUGUUAUAGAAUUGUAUUUUUCCCCAGCAUUUUUUUUUAUUUAUUACAAUUUAUUCACUUUGUAUUAUAGCUCUAGCUCCUUCCCUCAUUCCCUCCCAAUCCUGCCCUCACUCUUCUCUUCUGCCCCUCCCCCAAUCCACUGAUAGGGGAGGUCCUCCUUCCCUUUCAUCUGACCUUAGCCUAUCAGGUCUCAUCAGGACUAGCUGCAUUAUCUUCCUCUGUGGCCUGGUAAGGCUGUUCCCCCCUCGGGGGGAAGGUGAUCAGAGAGCCAGCCACUGAGUUCAUGUCAGAGACAGGCCCUGCUCCCCUUACUAGGGUACCCACUUGGACGCUGAGUUGCCAUGGGCUACAUCUGUGCAGAGAUUCUAGGUUAUAUCCAUGCAUUGUCCUUGGUUGGAGUAUCAGUCUCAAAAAAGACCCCUCCUGCGCCCAGAAUUUUUUAAUCUGUUGCUCUCCUGGUGGAGCUCCUAUCCCCUCCAGGUCUUUCUAUCUCCCCCUUCUUUCACAAGAUUCCCUGCACUCUGCCCAAAGUUUGAGUUUGUCAGAGACAUAAACCACUAACAAUUUCAAACAACAUAAACCCAAGCACAAAUACUGCCUCGCAUCUGAGUGAGGCCAAAUCUCAGUUAGAGAAAUUAAUGUCAUAAGUGACAAAGAAGUUGUGUCUAUCUCCCUUGAGAACUCAGGGGGAAACUAAAUUCACCUUUUCUAUGCUGGAGAGUGGUCAUUUGACAAAGGGGCUGCAGCACAGAGCAGCAUCGGUUCAUCUGCGUUUGCCCCCAUGCUCUUCCAGCACUAAUGAACACGAAUCAGUGACAGUGCUUCAAUACUUUUGAAUGGUGGCAAUGUAAGAGCUUGAAAUCUCAAAUUUGCAGUUUUUCAAAUGUACACAGAACACAUUACAGGUAACAACAUGGACUCCUCAAAAUGUAAACACUUUAUCUUUAAAUGAAACUUUCUAAGUAGCCAAAAAGCGUUCACAAAGGAAAAAUAAUGCAAUCUAGUGGUUCCUUUUUUAAACAAAUAAGACAGAAGAUGAAAACAUAAAUAUCACCUAAGGUGAUUAAAUACAAGAUAAAAAUUUACUUCUUACUAGAAUCUUAAUACAGUGGCACCAUAAAAUCAAUUAAAGCCUUUAUUUUAUUAAAUAACCUAAAUCUGUUCAAAUGAAAGAAAAAUGUAUUAAAAACAAAGACAAGACACCAAAGAAAUAAGAAAGUUAAAUGAGUGGGUAUCAAAACCAAUCCAAUAUGUCCAUACGCACAGCUACAUACAAACUGCGUUCAAGUGUCAUGUGCUUAUGAAAUGUGGGCUUUAAGUUUAGUUGAGGAACAUGAACUGCCUGGGUUAAUGUGUUUAGCCUUGUUUUGUUUUGUUCUUUUAUUUUGUUCUACAAGACCUGUGACAAGUAUCCAGUUAAUAGAAAGUGAUGAGUCUGUGUUUAAGAGCAACCUCCCUUGUGAAUUUAGAAAAUCAUUCUUAGUUUUGCCACACUGACGAGUUUGAUUCCUCAGCUAUGUGCACCUGACCUGCCUAAGGCACGCAUCCUCUUUUCUUACAUCACUGUGCCAGUAACAAAUUCAUCUCCUUGCUGUGGCCUACACCCCAUAAUCACACCCUCCAUUUCAAUCUUGUGCCUUUUACCAAGACUCUUUAAUAGGAAUAAGUGGGGAAAGUAAUUUAAAUCUAAUUGCUACGAAAUGUAUUCAUUUGUUCCCCCCCAUACCAUGAAGGCAGACAUAUUCAUAAAUCCAUCAGAUAUGUGUGUCUCACCUUCAAGUUUUCUCAUGAAUUUAUAGACCUAUUUUUUUGUUUUAUUUCUAGGUCAGAGAUUCGGAUUUCCUAAACUGUGUGGUAGAGACAUGAAAGAUUUUUUUUUCUUAAUAUAUCCCAGAGUUCUUCAAAAAUAAUUGUGCUUACUUUAAAAUAAAACCCUAUUAAAGUAACUUGUUCCAGAAGUGUACUUCCAGUGUCUUCCUAGUGGCUGAAUUCAUCAUGCUUACACCCUUAACUUGCCGUAAAGUAUCUCUAAAACCAAAUAAAUAUUUUGUCAUGAAUAAAAUAAAUAUUUUAUAAUGA